AUGGCCGCCGACGUCUCUCUGCCUGCAAAUCUUGAGUACAAUCAUGAUACUCUUAUCAAACUCGGCUUUGCUCUCACUUAUUCGACACCAUUUUAUCGUACUCUCACGAUGAACGAAGCAAUUGCAGAUCUCUAUUCUCGCACCAGCUCAAACUUGACUUCGCCUGCCACAAUAUCAGAAGUUCUAGGGGCGGAUUUUCAAAGAACAGAACAACAGAUACCUCUAUUCUUGGAGCUUGGAAAACAGAAAGCUGGCUUGGUGGCUUUUGUUUUGUCUUCAUAUUUUAAGAGGCUGCCACAUGAGGACAUGAGUGAUAUGUUGAUGGUUCCAGCGGUUGUUCUAUUAGUCUUUACAAUUCUUGCUGUCGUUCUGAGGUUCUUUACAAGAUACUUUAUCACAAAGAUGUUAAGAUUAGAGGAUUGGUUGAUUCUUCCUGGAUUGGUAUUCGCAAUUGGUACUACGGUUUCGAUAGGAACUAGUGAGGGUCUAGGGGUACACAUCUGGGAUGUCCCAUUGAAUCAAAUUCUUCGCCUUUGGAGGGCCGCAAUAAUACUACAGCAUUUCAUAAUACUCUGUCAUUUCUUCGUCAAAUCCUCUCUUUUAGUCUUCUACUACAGACUAAGUCCCAAACCUUCCUUCCGGAUCGCUGUCAUAAUAACAGCGACCGUGAAUGCCGCCCACACAAUCUCAAACCUUCUCGCAGUUCUCUUCUCCUGCAAACCAAUUAUUUGGUCUGAUGCCCUUUUCACAGCGAAAUGCACUGUAAACCGAUAUGCAGUGAACUUUUCGGGUGUGGUGAUAUUUAUGGUUCUGGAUUUGGUCAUUAUUUUACUACCAAUUCCGUAUAUCCUAAGACUUCAGUUGAAGAAACGGAAAAAGGUAUUGAUGAUCGGGCUUUUCAGUCUUGGAGCAUUAGUCGUCUUCGCAAGCGGAAUGAAAGUCGCCCGUCUUCACGACCUUUCAUACAACGUCGACACAACAUGGCAGAUCGAUAACCUCCAAUGGACACUUAUCGAACUAAACCUCGGAAUAAUCUGUGCCUGUGCCCCUUCCUUCCUCCACUUAACCUCUCCUUCCCGUCUAAAACGUUUCUACCACGAAUACCUAAAACCCCUCACCCGUUUCUUCCCCCACAAACCCCAAACCCGACGCAACUCCCUCGACGACCGCAAAGUCUCAAUAGGAACAAGCGAAGCCACAGCCUCCUCUCGAGAUCGAGACCUCGCCCUCCAAAAACUAAACACAAACACAAAAUUCCACAAUAACCUAACUCCAAUCCCCCCCUCCCUGGACAUUAGAUCUCUAAACCCCCACCAUAAUCACCACCACCACCGCCACUACAGCAACCACAGCAACCACAGCAACUACAAACGUACCUUCAAAGUAGGCGCAAGAACAAGUAGCCUACCAGCAAUCGAAAUAAUUAAUACCAUAAAACCCUCCCAUCUCCACCCAUCGCCGACUUUCAAACCAAGGCCGUCGAAUCUUAAAAUAUUAUCAAAGGAUGAUAUAGAUCUAAUCGAGCAGGGAUACCCCGGGCUGGGCCUGGGGAAUAUGGAAACAUAUAAUUAUAGCGAAGAUGAUCAGGUUGAUAUCGAGAAUGAAAGUAUAUAUACGCAUGAUUUAACAAGGGCGAGUUCUAGAGCGCUACCCGAGGAUUUGGAAAAUUGUGGGUUUUCUAUCGUGCCUAGGGAUGCGGCGUCUCUUCGGGCGGGAUCAUGA